UAAAUUUAAAAAUGAACUUUCUCAUACCAAAAAUACCAAAAGUGAACCAGCCUCUAUAUUACAACAAAUAAAGUUGUGUUGCAGUGCUGCAUUAAUUAACUUAAAUGUCGUCUAAAAUGUUACCAACCAUACAAAUUAACUUUAUAACAAAAUCAUAUCAAAAUCAUUGAUAACAUGAUGAUGACAAUCAUCUAUGUAUUUCAUGUCGUAUUAGUCUGUGUAUACAACUGAGAAAUGGGCAACAGUCUGCCACAGUUUAGAAUAAUCAUUUUAGCCAUUUUUUAGGCCUUAAUGCCAAACAUUUGAUGCUUCCAGCUAAUUUAUUGUGAUAAUUUUGGCCAUUUUAGCCUUCAUUUAUGACAGGAAGCUAUUAUUUUGGACUGUUGGUCAGCCGAAACGUGACACCUGAAUGUUGUACCCUGUGCAGUGGGGAAUUACGCGUUUGUCUUUUACUAUUUUCUGACAGAUAGACAAAAUGAUGAAUGGAUAAUGAAAAUAAUUGCUAGUUGCAGCCCAAAUAGAAGGUAAAAGCUGAAUCUGCACCUUAUAUAUACUGUAUAUAUAGUUGUAGCAAAAACCUUCCUGGAGGUAGGAUUUAAUGCAGAACUGUUGUACUUCGAUAUUUAGUUUUAACAAGGUGUAACUAAUAAACCAGUAAAAAGAGUGUAGUUGAGAUGGGUUGAUGCAUAAAUGUGCUAAACUCGCUCUUCUCUCGGUUGACUACCCAAGGAAAUCGAAAAUAAUCAAGGUAGCAAGCUUUUUUAAGGAAUCAGCUUGUGAAAUUCUUUUUUUUGGCCGCUGUUAGCUAAGCUUGCCAGCGUUGUCUUCAUUUGCUUUUGAUAAAUGACUUGAAAACUCCAGCAACUAGAGAUAGCUACUUUGUCCGCGGUAGCUAUCUCUAGUAACAGCUGUUAGCUAGCAAAACUGAAGCAGACAAAGGAAAAGUAAUAAAACAGAUAUGUAGGCUCAUUGCUGCUCCUCUAAGGGCUUUUAUUUUUAUUUUCUGACUGACAUUUAUAUAAUGCAGGUUUUGCUGAAUCUGAGACACGUUCAGUUUGGGCACAUCUCCAAAUCAUAUCACGUCCAAAACGUAAUCUGGACGAGAUUCACAGCUACUAACAGGAAUUUUAAAAACGAUCUGCUGUGCACAUAUUUCUGCCCAUAUGUGUUAGAGCCAUCUGUCACACUGAUACUGGAAACAGCUACAGUGCAUUUUGGCCUAUCAUGCACUUAUUAGUUUUGUUAGGAUGAUGUGGCCGCUUAUUUUAUUAUUUUUGGUGCACUAUUGUUUAAUUGUUUGCUACAUCCUGUUCUCUCGUCAGCCUCCCCCGUGGGUGUCAUCAAAGUUUCAUCCAACCGUGAAACUGGCCGUGGUUGGAUCGCCAUGCUAUGCACACACACACACGUCUUAGCUUAGAGUCAGAAAAGUCAGGUACUUUCCACACUGUCUGUCAUUCAAGAUUAAGCUUAGAUGCCGAGAGAAGAGGAAGUGCAGUUGUUUGAAAAAGUGAAAGACAACAAAAACCACCGGUUUGUAUGUGAGUUUAGAUAUGGCUGCUGUCAAAGGAAGUCUGUGUCUGAAAAUGUCUCCCGUUUGAUGCACAAGUUAAAUUGUCUCAGCGUGGCUUUAAAGCUGCAUUAAGCAAUCUUCUUUGACAGUCGCACUGAAUCAAGUGGAUCUCUGUAUUUGUGGAUCAGCACUGUAGUCUGCAGCCUGCAGCCGCAUUGAGGUCAUAGCCUUGGUUCACCGGUCUAAAUGAAACCCAACAGUGCACCUGCUCUUGCAGAAGGAAGUGUACCAUCAGCUCAUGCAAGCCGAUUGUAUACUUCCUGUUUAGCGCAAAAUGGCGGAGAGGCGAAGUGGCUGAAGGACGUCGAGACACAUAGCAGUCCAAAGACAUCCAGAUAUUUUUCUCAGGAAUUGGUGGACCAAACCAGGGCUGAAUUGGAUUUGCAUUCGACAUGUGACCAAAAAGAUGACUGCAAGUCCAGAUUCCUCUGUUUCUGCUGAAUGUGAGAUGGCGACCUCUGACCCCUGUGCAAACGCCCCCCCAACCCCACCUGAGGAGCCGGAGCCAUCCCCCUCCCCUCGCAAGAAGCGUGGGCGUCGGAAACUAGAGCAAACCGAGAAGAAUAAGGACGAGCCAGACGACAGAAACUGCGACUCCCCGAGAGAGGGUGAGACCGGGAGGCUGCGGAGGAGGCCGGUCCCCAGAGUGACUUUCCAGGCCGGUGAUCCGUACUACAUCAGCAGGAGACAGAGAGAAGAAUGGCUCAGCCGCUGGAAGAUGGAGGCCGAGCGGCGGGCGUACAGAGAGGCGGAAAUAAACAUGAUGGACGACCUAUCAGAGGGAGACUCUCACAAAGAGGACGAGCCAGCCAGCCCAGGCCCUCCCCCUUCACAGCAACACACAGACCCCGCCUCCCCGACGGUCGCCGUGACUCCGGAGCCGGUUGCCAGGGGAGAACAGGCCACACCCAGCGAGAUAGAGUACCAGGAUGGCAGGGGUUUUAGCAUCGGCUCGCUGGUGUUCGGGAAGCUGCGAGGUUUCUCCUGGUGGCCCGGCCGGAUCGUUUCCUGGUGGAUGAGCGGCCGAAGUCGAGCUGCAGAUGGAACUCGCUGGGUGAUGUGGUUUGGGGAUGGCAAGUUUUCCGUGGUUUGUGUGGAGAAGCUGAUGCCUCUGAGCUCUUUUUCAUCUGCUUUCCACCAGCCCACCUACAACAAACAGUCCAUGUACCGGAAAGCCAUCUUUGAGGCUCUGCAGGUGGCCAGCGUUCGGGCAGGGAGGCCAGUUCCUUCCUGUGAUGCGAGCGAUGAUGCGGACGGGGUUGAGAUUCAGACCAGGCAGAUGAUCGAGUGGGCCAUGACCGGCUUCCUGCCCAGUGGUCCGCAAUCACUGGACCCUCCGGAAGGUGAACAGAACACUUACAAGGAAGUGUAUCCAGAGAUGUGGGCAGAACCUGAGGCGGCGUACACGCCUCCACCUGCCAAGAAACCACGCAAGAACGCAGCCGAAAAAGCAAAGAUCAGAGAGGUGAUUGACGAAGGGACCAGAGAGAGACUCAUAAUGGAGAUUAAAAAGAAGACCAGGAACAUAGAAGAUAUCUGCAUCUCCUGUGGAAGCCUCAACGUCUCUCUGGAGCAUCCUCUCUUCGGAGGAGCAAUGUGCCAGGGUUGCAAAAACUCAUUCCUGGAGUGUGCCUACCAGUACGACGACGACGGCUACCAGUCCUACUGCACCAUCUGCUGUGGAGGCAGGGAAGUGCUCAUGUGUGGCAACAACAACUGCUGUCGGUGUUUCUGUGUGGAGUGUGUGGACUUGCUGGUAGGGGCCGGCUCAGCGACGGCGGCCAUCAAAGAGGACCCCUGGAACUGCUACAUGUGUGGACCCCGGAGCACCUACGGGUUACUGCGUCGACGGGACGACUGGCCCAGCAGACUGCAGCACUUCUUUGCCAACAACCACGAGCAGGAGUUUGAGCCAGCCAAGUUGUAUCCUCCAGUUGCAGCAGAGAAGAGGAAACCAAUCAGAGUUCUCUCUCUGUUUGAUGGAAUCGCCACAGGCCUGUUGGUGCUGAAGGAUUUGGGCAUCCAGGUUGACAAGUACGUGGCGUCUGAGGUGUGUGAGGACUCCAUCACUGUGGGCAUGGUUCGACACCAGGGCCGCAUCAUGUACGUGGGAGACGUACGCAACGUAACACACAAACAUAUCGAAGAGUGGGGACCAUUUGACCUUGUCAUAGGAGGAAGCCCCUGCAACGACCUCUCUAUAGUCAACCCUGCAAGGAAAGGCCUUUACGAGGGGACCGGCCGCUUGUUUUUCGAGUUUUACCGUCUGCUGCACGAGGCACGACCGAAGCCGGGCGACGAGCGGCCGUUCUUCUGGCUCUUUGAGAACGUGGUCGCCAUGGGAGUCAGCGACAAACGGGACAUCUCCCGCUUUCUAGAGUGUAACCCAGUAAUGAUCGAUGCCAAGGAGGUCUCUGCUGCGCAUCGCGCUCGUUACUUCUGGGGAAACCUGCCAGGCAUGUCCAGACCUCUGACUCCCAUGUCAAAUGACAAGCUGGACCUUCAAGACUGCCUGGAGCACGGACGUACAGCCAAGUUUGAGAAGUUGCGUACGAUAACGACACGCUCCAACUCUGUGAAGCAGGGGAAAGACGAGCAUUUCCCCGUCUACAUGGACAACAAGGAGGACAUCCUGUGGUGUACCGAGAUGGAAAGGGUGUUUGGUUUUCCCGUCCACUACACCGACGUGUCCAACAUGAGUCGUCUGGCCAGGCAGAGGCUGCUGGGACGUUCCUGGAGCGUCCCCGUCAUCAGGCACCUCUUCGCCCCGCUCAAGGAGUACUUCGCCUGCAACUAGUCACACACACACACACACACACACACACACACACACCACCAACUCUCUCUCUCUCUCUGUCUCACACACUCACACACAUACACACAUAAGCAGUACGUAAUGACAGAAACACACAGUAUGCAGAUAAUACAUGAAGGUUGGAUGACACAGAUGACUGGACCGGACACACACACACACAGACACUCACACACACACACACACACACACACACACACACACACACACUGUAAAGGACUGCUUCCCUCGAUCCCAUGUAGACCACUGGCUGACCUUAGUCCCCUGGUGCUACCUUGCUGAUUUACUGACAUACACACACACACACACUCACACACACACACACAGGUGCAUCGUCUCUGUACUGUAUUUGUUCACACACAACUUCCUGUCUGACCUUGAAACUGGUGUCUUCUGGCUUUACUGUCUCAUAUUAGCUGGAGUUCAAAACCUCCAGGGGGCGCAAAAGUGACAAAGAUGCCCUGACUGUUUUAUUUUAUUUUAUUUUUUUUCUUUUUGACAACUCUCUGAAUACAUCAACGCGCCAAUGAACCAUUAACACUCAACCCUACUGAUGCGUAGUGACAGUGCUGCUGGUGUAUUACAGUGCAAUGAACACAAAUAUCCAAACACACACACACACACACACACAAGUAAACCCUCGUGGUGCUGGUCAGGCAGUGGUAGAGCCCAAAUGGUGCCACUUUAAUACAACACUUUUAAAAGUUUCUGGUGCUUUUGGAGACUGAAUGCUUUUUGGUUGUUUCAGUCGCUUCAGUUUUGUGUCCCUAAUUGACUCAAACCAAAUGCUUUCAAGCUGGUGCAGGCAACACCGGGCGAGAGGGGAGAGUUUUGUUUUUUUUUCUUUGUGUGUGUGUGUGUCAGAUUUAGUGUGAGCGUGCAAAGGAGAAUCCACCGCAACUGAGUUCAGAUUCAUUCGCGUGAAGGCUUUUUUAAAUGUGAGAACUUCAGCUGGACAAGAUUGUUAAAAGCUGCUCUUGAGGUACAAAUGAUUUUAGUAGCUGAGUUAAACUUCAGUGGGCCUGAGCCCAAAGCCACAGCUGAUGAAGCAAAAUAAAGGUCUUUAUCUCCCCCCAAUGGAGACCACUUUUGACUGAAAUGCUGUCGGUGAUAACAGAGUGUAUUUUUGAGGAUCCCGCAGAAGUUUAAAGUUGUAUUUUUUUUUUUUACUUUAGCUCUUGUUUCUUACUGUGCCUCUGCAUAGUGCCUCUUGUUUUAAAAAAAAUCCCCAUUAGCUUCCAUCAGUGGAAUUGCUCGCCUUCCCUUGUUCCAUAACAAGAAAAAUUUACAAGAGGAAAAUAAAAGAGUUGAUGUAAAAAAAAAAGAAAAGUUAAAAUCAAUUUAAUUGGGUACAUAAUCAAGCAAGAAAUAACAGACUGGUUUGGCAUGUGCCUUCAAGACAAAGUAGCAUCAGAGGUAACAUCAUAAUGGAAAGUCUUGUAACCGUCUCCAUCUCCAGCGUUUGGAGCGCCCUCUAGUGGGCGGAGUAUAAAGACAACAGCAAGGAAACACACUCGCGUUGGGCUAAAACAAUCCUUUGUGUUCCUCAGAGUCAGCGUUAGCGGUCACUGGAUUAGAAAUGCUUUUAAAUAUAUUAUAUAUAUGUUAGAUAUGCUAACAUAUAUAUAUAUGUAAAAGUAUUAAAUAUUGCUCAGGACCUACAUCCACUAUUAGUUUGGGAAAAAAAAAAAAACACGUGUGCUUUUUAAAAACUGAUUAUGUCUUGGUGGUUUUGCGCAAUGUUUCAGACAGAAGCUGUACAUUAAAGUUAGCUUUGUUGAAUAUGCUUCAUUAAACUGUGCACUAGUAGCAUUUUAACAGUGGGUUUACUUCCUCAUGCUGGUAUGCAAUACUGACUCGACAACAUUCAUUAAACUGAUCUUGUAUUGCAGUGAUUACUGUUAACUGUUGCUCAAAUGACUGUGAUGUUCAUCUUAAUGGUGCAGAGUUUUGAAUAAUGCUGUCUUGGUGUCAUAAUACUGUAUCAGACUUUGGCCUGCUUAAUGGGAUCGGCUCAUUAAGAUGGCAGUGAAAAAAGGGACACUAUUGUAAGCCUUUAACGGUCAUUAUGUUGAUGUACUUUUUGUUCAAGUGAUCCUUAGACAGAGUCCAGAAAAACAGUACAUACUGUGAAAUGACGCUGUGAGGUCGUCUUUCUUCGUAGCUCGAUUAACUUCGCUUUGGCUCAGUUUGUUUUUACUCAUCAUGAUGGUGGCUUUCAUUCUGCCUGACCUUCUCUGAGAAAGGCGCUUAGCAAAAGUUGCCCGCUUCAUCUUUUUUUUAUUUUCAGCCUUUUUAGAGGAAUUUGAGACUGCAACCUCAUUUUAUAUAAUCAAAUAAAUACGCUUUUAUUUCGUAGUUUUGUUUUGAAAAACAAAACGGAACGGAACCCGUGCGUCAUCUUCCUGUCUCUCAAAAACCACUCAAGCGCUCGCAUUUUCUUUAACACGUUUCUGGGUCAUUUAAAACAAGCAAGAGGCGGAUGUUUGUCAAAGCACGAGGGUUUUCCGUCCCUGAACAGUCUACUCUAAAACAUCUUCAGCUCCCACCAAACUUUAAUUCAUCCGCUGGGAUUGUUUGUACCUCCAGAGCAGAAACAUGAGAUUAAAACGCUGAUGGGCUCAGUUCAGUGUCAAAGCAGCAUUUAAAGUAAAAGGAAGUCAGUGAACCCUUCCAGUUACUGUAGAGCUUCUCUUGAUUUGCUUUUUUUCUCUCUCUCUCUUUGUCUGGUGAAAAAGUCAAAAAGCGACUUGUGGGGUUGUCACAGUCCACCAGCCCAUGCAGUUACGCUCCUACUUUGCGUCAUUGGGAUCCAAAACGUCCAGAUGCAGACCUUUAAUCUGUAGACACUAUGCUGGUUUUCUACUUCCUACGACUGAAACAGAUAGCCCUGUAUAAAUAGCAGAUACUUCAUGAUAUCACACAGAUACGAUUGUACCACCUGUCCUGGGUGCGUCUUCUGCCUUUUUGUCCAAUGCAUGCUGGGAUGAACUCAGCCACUCUGUGACCUUCAAUAGGAAUAAGCAAGUAAUGAAAAAAAAUGUCUUGUCAUCAAAUAAAAUGUGUUCCAAGACUAUUACACACAAGGGCACGAUGUGUAAACGUCCCGAUACGCCGAUGUUUUAUUUAGACAGGGCUGUCUUUUGAGAAAACAUCUCGUUCAGUCUGGUGCUUUCGGUCGACACGCGGCCUUCCAUUUCCAGGAAGCCUUCCGAUCCUCUGAACUUCCUCAGAUACCAGCCGACAACUGGACACAUGCAGUUUGUGCUGAGACACAUGCACGCACGCACACACGCAUGCACACACACACACACACACACACACACACAGAUACACACAUGCACAAACAGCAACAAAGAAAAAAACAACAAUAAACCAGCAGGUUCGAAAUUUUUUCCAUCAUGUUUACUCUCCGUUUAUACAACCAACCUUCAGGUGCUUUUUAAACUCUGCUCUUUUUUACAGUGCUCUUGCAGGUUACACAUGCAUGCACACGCACACACACACACGCACACACACACACACACACGCUGGAAACACAGUGCAAACGCUUCUCCAAACUCGUUUUGCUACAAAUCACAGCAGCAACACACACACACAUGCAUACACACUGUGUUUUUACCGGCUGCCUGUUGCCAUCAGGCUUCCCACGGCGCCGUCAGGUGUGACAUCAUCACCCUGCGUCGCUUGGUGCUCCCAAAACCUGCCCUUACCCAAACCCCACUCCUACCCGCCCGCCCACCCGCCCCACCCCUUCCCAUCUCCCAUCCUGCUCCCCGACCCCCCCGGUGCUGCAUGUCAGUCAGUCAGUGUAAUAUCUGAUUCCAUGUUAGAUUAGGGAGUAUUGAUCAUUAUAAUAAUGGUAAUAAUAAUUACAAUAAUAAUCUGUUAUUGUGUGUGUGUACUGUUCCAGGUUGGUGCUCAGUUCAGUUCAGUCUCAGCCUAGUGGGGAGAGAGAGAGAGGCUAGAGAAAGCAUAUAUUACAGUUAGUAUAGUGACUUGUUCUAUUGUACCCAAGGAUGCCAGAAGAAAUUGUUAAGCCGACGAGCUAAAGGACACUCUCAAACACGAGCGAGUUGAAAUAACACAGAAUGAAAUGUACUGGUGUUGUGAAUGGAGGCAGGCUGAGGUGAAACUAUAAAGUCCUGCAAAACAACUUUUUAAUAAAUAACCAAACAUCAUGCCCAUUAAGGAUCUGGCUGAGAUUUUUAUUUUUUUCCCUUCAAGACGAUCAAAGAAAAAGAAACGCAACAUUUUCUGAUUUCUCUUCAGUCCGUGAUCCUCUCGUAUUUAUUUGAGGCUGCAAGUAAUAAAUAUUUUUCCUCUGUAGGUUCUUUGUAGGUUCUGUUGGUUCUUUUCUCAGUCAAUUGUUUGGUCACAAAAAAGUUAUUCCCGUUUGCUAUCAUAGAAGAUGCAACAGAACAGAAAAUGUGUUCAUAGAGAAGCUGGAGCCAGAGAAUUUUCUUUAAGCAAUUACUUUAAAUAAUUAAUCAGCUGUUGAAAUUGCUGUUUUAGCAGUUUGUUACUAGAUUAAAAAAGUAAAAUACCCAGAAAAAAUACAGCGGACACGACCUUGAUGUCCUCAUAGGUAGCUAUGAGCCUGCCUGUAACUUGAGAUCAAGACUGAAAAGUUGGCAUUGCUUCAUUUUAAAUGGUUAGAAGCCAAAAAAGGUUUGGAAGGACUGCGUUAUGACGUGAAAGUCAAAUCAAGAUUUAAGUACUUUUAACAUACGCCUCUGUAGGAUUUCAAAGAGGACGCAUGCGAGAUGUUUGGGAAGACGACGAAAACGGCUGAGCUUCCUGAAAUAAGAUGAAAUUAGCUGCUCCUCAGCAACACGCAGCCAUGUAAAGCCCGCCGGUUCAGAACCACGUGGGCAGGACGUCAGCUCUUUUUCAUUGUCACACUUUGUUAUUUCAACGCGCGUCUGUUUGAGGGUGCAGUCGGACAAAAGCGAGAGGAAUGGAGUCGAUGUUUUGACAAGAUGGGUGACACGGUGAUGAUGUUUCUGUUCGCCUAUCGACAGCUUUUAGGCUGAGUGACGCGUUGUUUUCGACACUGAUACACUUCUUAACACACGCACACAAAACACUGUGUUGUAACACACAGAGCGGACGGCGCUCGGAGACACACACACGACACCUACAAAUACAAUGCUGUGGCGCAUUCAGACACUCAUCUCAUGGACUAAAUGAAAGAUGAGCUUUUAGGAAAAGGAGGACUUGGUGGUGUUUCAAAAGGUGCUAAAAUUUUAUCUGAAAAUAAGAAAAAUAUAUUGUUAGGAGUAUAAAUCAAGUUUGUCUUUACAAUGACUGUAUUUAAGUUUGUCGUAGUAAUGAAAAGGCACUAUUAUUAUUUUACUCUUGUAUGAAUAUGAACUAAUUAAAAAGGCAUUUUAACUUUGUACUUGAACAAUGUAAGAAAUGAAACGUGAAUAAAAAAAACAAAAGACUGUUUCUUGUGA